CCAAGAAGGCUUGUGCUGUAUUAUUUAUUCAAAUUCUAAGUAAAGCCCAAACUGCUGCAUAAUGUUGCCUCUGCGUAGGCGUGAAAUGUUGCUAAUUCUGUUGUCUCUAUUUAUGUUUUAUAGUCUCCUGUCAGAAAUUUGCACAAGAAACAGUAGAGACAGCGAGGAUGUAAGCUAUGCUCAAAAACUCUGUCUGGGAAAAACUCCAUCAGCAUGCAUUCCACCUCUUCAAACCUUUCCUGCGGCUUAUAAAACUGCAAAUCCUUAUCACUUGCUAGCAUGCACUAUACAAAAAAACUUUUCUACAAUGCUGACUGCUAUCAUAUGCUACCUCUACAACGAAACUGCAUUUAUAGAAAAUGGCAGGAUCAUUUCACAAGAACUCUAUUUUGAGAGAUUCUGCAAGGAUAGCAAUGAAUACUGGUCUUUAUCCGCAAUUUCACAGAAGCUUGACACUGAUCUACGCAUAUGGACAAAGCUUGCAGUAAUACGCGAUCCUUUUGAGCGAUUCGUAUCUGGUUUUGCUGACAAAUGCCUAAAAAGGCGAGAAUGGGAAGGUUUUCCCCUACGCUGUGGCGGAUGCACAACGAAUUUGACCUGCUUCAUGGAGAAAUUGUACUAUAAGAUGAUGCAAUGGAGACCCGAUUCAGAUAAACGAGACUUUGACGCUAAUCACUUUUUUCCGCAAAGUUGGCGAUGUGAAUUCAACUCGCACUUGAGUGAUUACCACAUACUGCAAUAUAACACCUUCAAUCCGUCGAAAUUAGUACGGAAUCUUCUAGCAAUAUUGAAGGAACAAAAUGUUUCUGACUUUUCUAUUGACUACAUAGAGCGAUCCGUCUUUUAUGCGCGUACCAAUCACAGCACGAUGGGAACAGUGGAACAAGAAGAAACAAGAAGAAGCAUACUCUCAAACAGUUACUUAUUGGACCUUCUUAUCAAAAUGUUUUACUAUGACUUUGUUCUGUUUGGUUUCCCAUUUCCCGUCGCAAAUCAAGUUUCGAAUUACGUGUAGUCACAAGGAAUCAUUUCAACAAAACAAC